GCCCAAAGCCUUCAAGACAUUCUCCUCGAGUGUUAUUUUCUAUUCCGUCAUCUCUGAAAUCAACGCGUGAAAAUGGCCUACGGAGUCAAGUCACACAAGUUUUGUUGUUGUCUUCCUGUCCGAUUCGGAGUCUUUAUCCUAUCGUCCCUCCAACUUUUCUCGUCUGGAGCAGUUGCUGCAGGGAGUUACUAUGUUAUCAUUACUGGUCGGUAUGAUGUGGAGAAGUACAAAAUCGUGGCCAUCGUCACGGCUGUAAUAAUGACGUUAUUGUUCCUUGCCUCACUCCUUGGCUUUAUUGGCUCCAUCCUACGUCGACUCAAUCUCGUCCGUGUCUUCUCCUCGACGCUCAAUUGGCUAUUGGGUAUCAACAUUAUCGCCGGGAUAGCAAGCAUCGUCCUCCUCUUCAUCUCGGAUAAACAGAAAAUCAUCGAUAGCUGCAUCAAUGGCUCAACAGACCAGGACGUCAUCAACUUCUGUAACCACGUGGAUCGGUAUAAAUGGACGAUGCUUGGGUUCAUUGUUUUCAACUGGGCGGUGCAACUUUACGAGUGCAUUAUUGUCUCACGUUACGUCCUACAACUGCAAGAAGAGAAGGAAGAACAGUGGCGCUUGUCGUCUAUGAAGACUUACACUGAAGUUCCGCGACGUGACAGCUCCGAAGCAUUCAUGCACCCAUCCGUCUCUUACCCUUAUGCUGAUAAACAGCACUCUUACGGAAACAACACUGCUUAUUAUGCUGCAUAAACAUCAUUCUUUUUUUCAUUUCUUUUAAUCACCUCUCAUCAAGCUUUGAGCUGCAUUCGACGCGUACGCGCUUGUCGUAUUUUUAG